UAAGCACCUCUCUCUCUCUCUCUCUCUCUCUCUCUCUCUCUCUCUCUCUCUCUCUCUUGAGCUAGCUAUAACAUGGGGUUCCUUCUUUUACGUUCAUAUCUCCUCGUGUUGUUGUUCUCAACCAUCACUUUCUCUCUCAUGCCCAUUGUGAUACGAGCCCAACAAACAGGCAUUACUAGGCACUACAAAUUUGACAUACAAAUGGCAAAUGUAACGCGUCUGUGCCGCACCAAGAGCAUCGUGACGGUGAACGGGCAGUUUCCGGGCCCCAAGAUCGUCGCGAGAGAGGGCGACCGCGUUGUCGUGAGGGUGGCUAACCAUGUACCGUAUAAUAUCACCUUGCAUUGGCACGGAGUGAGACAGAUACGAAGCGGCUGGGCCGAUGGGCCUGCCUACAUAACCCAAUGCCCGAUCCAAACGGGCCAAAGCUUCGUGUAUGACUUCACCAUAGUGGGCCAACGUGGAACUCUCUUUUGGCAUGCGCAUAUAUCUUGGUUACGGGCCACGCUCUAUGGCCCAAUUAUCAUCCUCCCCAAGCUUGGUGUUCCUUAUCCAUUUGCCAAGCCCUACAAGGAAGUUCCCAUCAUUUUGGGGGAAUGGUGGGAGGCCGAUACAGAGGCUGUGAUUAGUCAAGCUCUCCAAACUGGUGGAGGCCCAAAUGUCUCAGAUGCCUACACCAUUAAUGGGCUCCCAGGCCCAUUAUACAAUUGCUCUGCUAAAGAUACGUUCAAGCUCAAGGUGAAGCCCGGCCGCACGUACCUCCUCCGCAUGAUCAACGCUGCACUCAACGACGAGCUCUUCUUCGCCGUCGCGAACCACACCCUCACCGUCGUCGACGUCGACGCGCUCUACGUAAAGCCCUUCGACACCCCGACCCUCGUCAUCGCCCCCGGCCAAACCACGAACGUGCUCCUCCGCACGAAACCGACCUUCCCCAACGCCACAUUCUUCAUGGCCGCGCGGCCGUACGUCACGGGGCGCGGCACGUUCGACAACACCACCGUCGCGGGCGUGCUCGAGUACACGAACCCCAGAAGCGCUUUCCCUGCGAAGGGCUUCAAUAAGAAGCUCCCUCUGUACAAACCGAUUCUCCCGGGGCUUAACGACACCUCGUUUGUCGCGAAUUUUACUAGCAAGUUGCGGAGUUUGGCGACGGCUCAGUUCCCUGCGAACGUGCCGCAAACUAUCGAUAGGCGCUUCUUCUUCACUGUUGGAUUAGGCGUGAGCCCGUGUCCUGAGAAUCAGACAUGCCAGGGACCAAAUGGGACCAAGUUCGCGGCAACAAUGAACAACGUCUCCUUUGCUCUGCCAACCACUGCACUUCUGCAAUCGCACUUCUUCGGCCAGUCGAAGGACGUAUACACCCCAAACUUUCCGAUCAUCCCUCUCAUGCCGUUCAACUACACGGGGACUCCGCCGAACAACACCUUCGUGAGCAACGGAACAAAGGUGUUGGUGCUCCCGUUCAACACGAGCGUGGAGUUGGUGAUGCAAGAUACGAGCAUUCUCGGUGCGGAGAGCCACCCCUUGCACCUGCACGGAUUCAACUUCUUUGUGGUGGGACAAGGGUUUGGAAACUAUAAUCCGGCGACGGACCCCUCAAAGUUUAAUCUCGUCGAUCCCGUUGAGCGGAACACCGUCAGAGUGCCCGCCGGUGGGUGGGUGGCCAUUCGUUUCCGCGCGGAUAAUCCUGGUGUGUGGUUCAUGCAUUGCCACUUGGAGGUGCACACGAGCUGGGGCCUGAAAAUGGCGUGGCUCGUCCUCGAUGGACCGCUCCCCAACCAGAAGCUGCCACCUCCACCGUCCGAUCUCCCCAAAUGCUAGGCCCGAUCAAUCUCCGCCGUCCAUCUCUACUCUCCAUUAACUUGCUUGCACGUGUGCUUUUAUUUUGGUGCGUGUUUCGGUUUUGUGUUGGUGUGUGGUCGCUGAAGUUGCUUAUGGUCGAGAGGAAAUUUGUAGCUCUCUCUUGACCAAGUUGACCAUUAGGAUCCACGUGGCCGAUUCUUAUUCGCUGGCUCUGACUGUCGUGGCAACACUUUACUUGUUGUCUACAUCGUCGGUUUUGUUGAUGAUUGUACCAAUAAAUUUUUUUAUCGAAUAAAAUACAUUCGGCUG